AUGCUUUUCUUCAGUUUCUUCAAGACUCUUGUGGAGCACGAAAUCACCGUAGAGCUCAAGAACGAAGUCCAGAUCCGCGGGACACUCAAGAGCGUCGAUCAGUACUUGAACAUCAAGCUGGACAACGCAGAGGCUGUCGAUGAGAUUAGGUGGCCGCACUUGUGCUCGACAAAGGACAUGUUCAUCCGUGGGUCCGUCGUAAGAUACGUUCACUUGCCCUCGGGCGCCGUCGAUACCGCGCUUCUCGAGGAUGCUACACGGAGAGAGACUGAGGCGGCGAAAAACAAGGCGAAAUGA